AUGUCACUCACCAGCAGCAUCGGCAGCAAGUCCGAGAGACCCGUGUCCCUCAUCUGGGGCUGUGAGCUGAGCGGUGCCAGGGCAUCCUACACCUUCCAGGUGCCCGACGCGUGGCGGUGCGAGCAGCAGCUGGCCCUGCGCACRGUAAAUGCCUUUAUCCCUUUGCAAGCUGUCCCGGACAACUUCACUUUAUUUUUCCCUCUGCAAACCAAGGGGGAGAAUCAACCGUCUCCUAAUUUUAACCAGUCCAUGAGGGAGCAGGACACCGCGAGCGACCAGCUGAGCCGCAGGCGGAUCCGGGAGUACCAGCUCUGCAGCCGGACCGGCGGCAAACACGUCCAGGUCACCGGCGAGCGGAACGAGGACGGUGACAAGUUCGCCACGCUCAUGGUGGAGACGGGCACGUUCGUGCACAUCAAGGGUGCCGAGAGCGAGCAGUACGUCUGCAUGAGUAGGGGCAAGCUGGUGGGCAAGCGCAUCGGCAGGAGCAAGGAGUGCAUCUUCACGGAGGUGGUGCUGGAGAACAACCACACGGCCUUCCAGAGCGUGCGCCACGAGGGCUGGCACAGGGCAUGGGAUCCCUGUGUCCCUAGAGCCUUGGACACCCCGUGUCCCCGUGUCAUGCUCCGUGGCCCCCGGAACAGGGGAUGCUCCAUGGUCCCUGGCCCUGGAGCUGCUCUGUGGUACCCAGCUCUGAAGAUGCUGGAGCCAUCCCAGGGACACCCCCAGGCUCUGCCGCCGUGCUCAGCAGCCCUCGCUGCACCCUGGACGUGUUUCCUGCACUGUUGAGGUCUGCAAGCCCUGGGCCGUGUUCCUGGCUCCAUCCUGCUCCGC